CCCUUUGUUUUGCUCCGGAAAGUACAUGCGUGCGUUUUUACAGUCUCUGGUCCAGACUAGCUCACACCUAACCUGACAGUGUUUUCUAUGGUCCCGUGAUGAAGCCAAGACAGCCAAGCAAGACUGAUAAGUGAAAAGGUUUCAAAUCUGUCAGAGAAUGGCAUUUACACAACCACCAAACUUUUCCUGGGUAGUUCCAAACAAGCUGGCGGGGUUGGCUAUGCCUCGUAUACCUGCUCACUAUCAAUUUCUCCUGGAGAAUAAUAUUCAGCACCUGGUCUGUUUAUGUGAGCGGAGACCUCCCUAUUACGACACUUGUCCAGAAUUGAAACUACACCGUGUUAAAAUAGAUGACUUCUGUGCUCCUAGUAUGGAUCAGAUAAAAAGGUUUCUGUCCAUUGUUGAAGAGGCUAACUCAAAAGGAGAGGGGGUGGCUGUGCAUUGCCUACUCGGCUAUGGGAGAACUGGGACAAUGCUGGCUUGCUACCUGGUGAAGGAGAGAAAGAUCACCGGUGUUGAUGCCAUCACUGAAAUCCGCAGAAUACGCCCUGGUUCCAUCGAGACUCAUGAGCAGGAGAAAGCAGUGGUGCAGUAUCACUAUCACAUUAAAUAAGUUUCUAAUAAUCAGCCAAAAAUGACUCAGUUGCAAUACCAGUGUUAAUGAAAGACAAAGAGCUUGGAAUAAUUUAUUUUGGUGUCUUAUUCAAGCUGUUACCUAUUGGUGUAUUUACAUAUUAAUACACCAAUGUUAAAAGUCAUCAGGUUUGAAAUUCCCUGGUUACAAAGGAAGUGUAUUAAAUGAAAAUAGGCUGCUAAUGGAAAACAGUUGAAAUAAGCUACAGAGGUUUCUUUCAGAGCUGUCCAACUAUAAUCAUAGUUAUAUUUUUUAAAAAAGGAAGUGGAGAGCUCUCGCAACAAUUGACCCUGGCACUCCUGGAAAAUCCAAACACUCAACCUAUUGUCCCUUCAGACAUCAUUGAUCAGUUUCACCUGAUCACUUAUUUAAUUAGGAGCUGCAAUCGUGAAACUCAGCGUGAAGCUUUUAGUGGCAUAAAAUCUGAAAUAAAGGGAGAUAGGUAGUGUGUUGUAGAUAAUACUCUUCUAUGCCAGUUAAGGCUAUGCAACUGGAGGUGACAUCUGUGAUAAAAUACAAAAACUCCUGGAUACACAAAUAAUCCACUUCCUCUUGAGAACAUGAGGUAUUUCUACUCCUGUUGUGUGUGUGUGUGUGUGUGUAUUGCUGCUCUGUGCUUUGGUGGGGCUCUAGCUGCUGCCCUGUGCUCUGGAGAAGCUGUGGCUGCCUUUUUUUCAAGGGACUGUUCCUGCUUAUCAUAGUCAUCACUGUAAUAGAUCAAGGUCAACAAGAAUGUAAGGUCUAUGAAUAAACUUUAGUGUUGUUGCUUCAGAA